UCAGUACACUGACGACGGUCGACGACAAGUCGAAAACGACAGCCGCGACGGCGCGACGACAUCGCGAUUCGUGAGUUAUUGGACGAUAUUCGUUUAAUUCGUGACGAAUUCAAGUGGCGCCGAUAGCAUAAUAUCAAGCGACGUCACGUCCUUUCUAUUCUAUAAACCAAUAAGAUCUGUGUUAAAAUUAUUAUUUAAGAUCGUAAUCCGAGCCGCAGCUACAACUCUACAACACGACUGUGACGACCGCUCGACACUCGCUGAUAACGAGUACGCGAUAAUAACAACAAAAAUAAUAACAAUAUUAUCAUCGUCUCGUUUCUCGUUUUGCGUGUCCGUCGCGACUCGCGGAUCACAAUCAAAAAUAUCGUCGUUGUCGCUGCCGCCGCGAAUUCAAGUCUUUUCUUCGGUGCGUGCGGCGGGGCGACCAGCAAGCGUAGGUCGAGGAAAAACGCAGCGGGGACCUUCGAGUGGCCGACGGACGCGCGCCCACCAACUUUACACGAAUCUCGAGGACGCGGCGGCGGCGCACGCACGAAAAAUGCGUCGUCGUUAAGACUCUGUGGCCCCGGGAACGCACGCACGCUGGCGAUGUCAUAGCGGUACCGACGAGGCCGUUACUCGCUCGAAAAACGACAAUGAUAUUGUUAUGUAAAGUUAUAGUAACGCGCAACGGACGGUCGAGUGGUGGUGCCGCCGCCUCAUUCGUAAGUCGUCGGAUGUUAUACGGUUACCUAUUGUAGGUGUUCGUCGUCGUCCCAUUAAUAAUAUCACAACAUUUCGUCAUCGUCGCCGUUUCGCCUUUUUUAAUAAUAUUCUCUGGUUGUUUUUUUUAUUUUAUUUCCCCUACCCUCGUCGUUUGCCAGCCGCCGAUUCAGUGAUGCGCUCGCUUGCGUGAUUUACGACCAUUAUCUCUGGGCCUGACCCGCGCGUCGGCCUUUUAACCUCGAGAUUACGUCCAGACGUUGAUAGGGCUGAUAGCGAUACGGUCGUUGCACACACUAGCUGUUGGACGGCUGGCGUUGCACACAAUGUGUAACCAACGCCUCGCCAUCGUCCGUUGUCUGUCCGCUGACAGGGCUCCUUGAUUUUCGUUGAACGAUGCAGGUACCCACGUGCGGCGAUACUAUGACGCCAGAGUCGGCUGACAACGGUCUGUGUGACAAGUCCAUAACGCUCCGCAAGCACCGCAAAAAUAUAUUUAAUAAAUCAGCAUUGAGGAUGGUAGCUGCAGAAAUGACAAGUAAUCAAGAUAAAGAUGUCACACAAGUGCAAUACAUAGAUAUCAGUCCUGACUUUCUAACGACUGGACGAACUGGCAGAAGAAACGCAUUACCAGAUAUACUAGGUGAACAUAAACUGACAUCCACAGCUGACUUGCCCGACCGAUUACAAGCUCUUACAACAAAUGAGGGAGCUGGGACAAGUAAUAUGCAACCAUCAACAACUAGUAGCGAUUCAGACAUGACUAAAACACAAAAUGCAACAUGUUGAAUGACAGCAUAAAAAUAAAAAUUAUAAUUUUCAGCUACUGUAUGUUCUGAAGAUAAAAUGAAACAAAGUAAACACACCUAUAAUAUUGGCUAGAUGUUAUAGCCUCAAAUAUUUUUGAGUUGAACAGAAAGCAACCUAAUAGUUUUAAUGUACUCCUAGUCUCCUAACAAUCAGACCAAAGCAUAAAAGUACUUUUAUUUUAAUCAAUUAAUUUAGUUCCGUAAUUUUAUUUCUUUUAAUCGAAUGGUUUUGUUCCUCUAUUCAAUUGACUGUAUGUAUUUUUUUUUCUUUUUGUGUAAAAUUUUUUUUGUGAAAAACAAUUUUAGUAAAUAUUUAAUUCCUUAGUUAUAGAAAAUUAUAUUUUGUCCUAAACUGUGUCCUAAACCUAAAUUAUAUGAUUAUAUUUUAAUAUUUUAUGUUGAUAUAAUGUGUUAAAAAAAAAUAAUAAUAAUCAAGUUAACCACUUUUAAUCAAGUAUAAUAAGAGUAUACAUUUUAUUUGUUAAACAAAUAUAUGACUAAAAGAAUAUUAUAUUCUAGAUAGCUUAAAAUUAAACAGUUUAUAACAUGUUUACUGAUACUUUUAAGCAAAAUUCAUAGCUUAAUCAAAAAAAAAAAAAAUGUUUUAAAUUAAAAUGUUCAGAAAACAGAAAUAUGACUAUAAAAAAGAUAUAUAGGUAAAUAGCAGACAAUAAACAACAAUAAACAUUUAGUAAAAUGUAAAAAAAAAUAGAAUAGUUUAGUGUUGAUAAUAAUUACACACGGUCAGGUUGUGAUAUUUUAAAUGUUUUUCCUACUCAAUAUUUUUCUCAUUUAAUCAUAUUUUAUUUUUCUUUAUUUUUAUAAAUUUCACAUAAAAAUAUUCCCUUUUUUCAAAGUUAUUUAUAUUGCGCCCAAAAACUAUUUAAGCUUAUAAAAAUUAGUGAUGACUAAACCUGAGGAAUAAAAUAUAUUAUGAAGUCUUAAGCAAAUUAAAUUACUUUACUCUUUGUGAAUAAAUACAAACAAGAUUAUUUUGAUGUUCAUAAAUUACCAAACUUAAAAUUAUAAUUUAGAGUAUGUGUGAAGUAUUACUAAAUAAUGUAUUUUAGAAGAAUGACUGAACAUAAUUUUAAAACAGUUGAAUAUUUCUCAAAAAAUACCUACUUUUAAAAGUUUAGUGUCAUUAGUUCCUGAUUUUUGUUGAUUUUUAAAUUAAAAAUAUUGAAAUAUUGUAAAAUAUAUUUAUAUACAUAGGCAAUUAUUUCUUCGGAAAUUUUUCGUUUUCAAACAAAUAUUUUUUAAUUUGUGUUUCUGUUGAAAUAACAAUUUCCUACCAAUUUUGGUCCAAAACAUAUGUGUCUUAUAGUAUAUUUUUUAUACGGGAAUAAAUACUAUACAUUUUAACGAUUAAUACUAAUUAAUAAUUAUGAUAAAUUAAAUACAGAAUUAAUAAGUAGGCAUAGAAAUCAUUUUGUCCAACAUUCCAAUAAAAUCAAUUGAAUAAGAAACAUGAUUCUUGGGAAUUGCAUUAAAUAAACACUAUACUACAAUAUUACUUAACGACUUUAAAACUCAUGGUGUAUGUAUUAGUUUGUACUUUAAUGUCAGGUUGACAACCUAAAAAUAAUGUAGUUAUAAUCUACAUUACCUUUUAAUUGUACUUAACAAUAUUUUAUAAUAUGAACACAAAGAACAUAUUAUUUCCAGUACCAUGAAACAACACACUUAAAUGUACCUACUAUUUUUUUUGUUCCUAUCAACUUGUUUAAAUUGUAUUCAUUUAGAAUAAUAAUCCAAAAACCUGAGUUAAAUUACCUGAAAUAUUGAGAAUUGUAUUUUUUUUUUCAACAAAUUAUUUUAUUAAGUUUGUUUAGUGUAAGCUAAGCUUGUAUUAUAUUUUUCUGAUAAAUUUAAUCAAGGUGAUGUUGAAAAAAGAGAAUUUGUGAAGUAAAUCUACUUUGAAAAUUAUUUAUGUAAAAAAAAAAUAAUAUUUGUGUAUCAAUAAUAGGAUCACUAAACAAAAUUGUUGUCAUAAGUUUUGUCACAUAAAGACGGUUUGUGGUUAGUUAGUUUAUAUUAUGACCAAAACGUCAGGAUUGUUAGAACGUAAUUUACUGGAUAUCAUAACUAGUAUAGACAAAUAAUUAAUUCAAAUCACUUAGAAAAAUUUAAACCAAAAUACAGUGUUUAUACAUUUGCCUAUAAACAAAAUUAUAAGCUAUUUUUGACGAAAAUUAUAUGGAAUAUUAUAAUUUUUUACUUAAUAUGACGUUUAUAGACGAAUCUCAACAAUUUGUUGAAAUGUUCAAUUUUCUUUUCAUACUCCUAAUUACUAUUUUUUCAUUUUAAAAGUUAAUUAAUAAUCCUAAAUCCUCUAGUCUGGAAUGCUUAAUUACAUUUUUACUUACCUAUUUCCUAGUCAAACCAUUUGUUGUGAGUAAGAUAACACUAGUGUCACCGUGUAGUUUUCUACAAGAGCUGUGGUAGUUACAUGGAUUCAACUUUCUAUCGAAAACAAAAUUAAUUUAAACAUAAGUAUUUCGACUAACAUAAUUAAUUAUUUUUGUUCUUUCAUUAUUAUUUUUCCUAAAUUAAAAUUUGCCUUUAUUGAGUUAACAUUUAAAGUUGAAUUAAGCCAUUUAUCUUACUUAACUAUACAGUUUUUAGAAGAAAACCUAUAUGAUAUUUUAUUUUAUACAUUGUAGGUAGGUACAUCCACUAUUAUUUAUUGACUAUAUUAUAAUUGCAAAUUCACUUUAUAAAAUUGGGUUUAACUAAUUAUUUAGCACACAAAAGCACUCUUAACUUAACAGACUUCAUGUUGUAAAUUGUGUAUUUAGCGUAGUGCAAUAUUGAGUUUUGUUAAUAUUUAUUCUACCUACUGUAUAUCUAAGUCAAUUUACUGUACGAAAUUGUGAUUUUUAGGUAGAGAUGAUUUUAAUAUAUUUGUAUGUGAAAAACAAAAUUAAUUAAAUAAAAUGUAAACAUAUUGA